GACGGAACUCCAUUCAUAUCAGCCUUAGAACUAAGGCCUAUAAAUAAUGAAGUUAAUUAUAUUCCUGAAAUUGGUUCAUCACUCCUACUCCAUGGUCGUUAUGCUUUCUCUUCAUUCCCUGCAGGCCAAAUCAGGAGAUUCAAAGAUGAUGUGUAUGAUCGUUUAUGGAGACAACUUGGUUGGGAACCAUAUAUAUUAAAGGUCCCUCUACAGAUGAAAGCUCUAUAAAAAAGAACAAAUUCGGAUUACCCUUCUCAGUAAUGAACACUGCACAUGUGGUUGAUAAAGAUUCUCGUUCUUUGGGUAUCACUUGGGAAAGCUUAGAGGGCGGCAAAUACAAAUUCUACUUUCACUAUACGGAACUAGAAAAUCUCCAACCAAAUCAAUCUAGACAGUUCAACACCUUCCUCAAUGGAAAACUAUUGGAUUCACUUUUCUCUCCCCUUUACUUAUCCGAUUUCACUAUAUACAGCUAUGCCGAGGAAAUUCAACCAGGAAAACAGAAAAUUUCUCUUUACAGCACCCCCAAUUCAACUUCACCACCCCUUAUAAAUGCCCUCGAGAUUUAUAGGGUACAUAAUCUAUUGGGACAAGAAACAAAUCAAAAUGAUGUGGAAGCCAUCUCCGAGGUGAAAGCGGUGUACGAAUUGAAAAAUAUUGAGUGGCAGGGAGAUCCUUGUGGCCCGGAGGAUUACAUGUGGGACUGUCUGAGCUGUAAUUACAGUGCUAAUCAUUCCUCUAGAAUUGUUUCCUUGAAUUUAUCGUCAAGGGGGUUAAAAGGAGAAAUUGCACCAUCUAUUGCCGAACUCACUUCGUUACAGCAAUUGGAUUUAUCCAACAACAACCUCAGUGGAGUCGUUCCUGAAGUUUUAGCACAGCUGUUAUCCCUAAGAGUUUUGAACUUGAGUGGAAAUAAUUUCACAGGUCCUAUUCCAGAUGCACUUCUUGAAAGAAGAAAGAACGGGUUAUUAUUAAGCAUUGAUACAAAUAAUUGGAAUAGUACUAAUGCAUGCCCAUCAAACUCAUGCGGAAAGAAUAAUAAAAGCUUUGUGGUACCACUGGCUGCAUCACUAAGUGGGUUGCUUUUCGUCUGCUUUACUAUUGUGGUUAUUAUUUGGAGACUUAAAAGGAAACCUCAUAAUAAAGCUCCUAUCAAUUUAGAAGGUGAAAACGUAAAGUCGGAGGAUAAUAAUGAAGAUGAUCAUGAAUCGUAUAAAAAUAAUAAAAUGGAACGAUACACAUACUCUGAGAUUGGAAAAGUAACCAACAACUUUCAGAAGGUAAUAGGCGAGGGUGGAUUUGGAAAGGUUUACCAUGGUUACUUAAAUGGCGUUGAAGUAGCUGUGAAGAUGCUUUCUUCUUCAUCCCUUCAAGGACAUAGACAGUUUCACGCUGAGCUAAAACUACUUUUGAGAGUUCAUCAUAAAAACUUGACUACUCUAGUUGGGUACUGCAAUGAUGGAUCCAAUGUUGGACUCAUUUACGAGUACAUGGCAAUGGGAAACUUACGAUCACAUCUUUCUGGUAACAGAAGUAGUGGCAUUAUAAUCUUGAGUUGGGAACAAAGACUUUUAAUAGCAAUAGACGCUGCACAAGGACUGGAGUACCUGCAUAAUGGAUGUAAGCCUCCAAUAAUUCAUCGUGAUGUUAAAUCAACAAACAUCUUGUUGAAUGAGAAGUUUCAGGCUAAGUUAGGUGAUUUUGGCCUUUCCAAAGUUUUCGGAAACAAUCAUACAUCUACAUUUGCUGUUAAUACCACAACCACUCCUGUUGGUAUGUCAGCAAGUAUUGCUGGCACCCUCGGCUAUCUUGAUCCAGAAUAUUAUAUAUCAAAUUGGUUGAACGAGAAAAGCGAUGUUUAUAGUUUCGGAAUUGUUUUAUUGGAGAUAAUUACAGCUCGACCUGUGGUAGCAACAACAAAACAAAAUAAACAUAUUAUUGAGUGGGUUAGUUCAAUGAUUGCUAAAGGAGAUAUUAAAAGUAUUAUUGAUCCAAGGUUGAAACAAGGUACUGUUGAUAUUAAUACUGUGUGGAAAUUGAUUGAAAUAUCAAUGGCUUGUGUCUCAAAAACUUCCAACAAUAGACCAACUAUGAGCCGUGUAGUAACUGAUUUGAAGGAGUGUUUGACUACAAAUAUAACUCGAAACAACAGCAGCAAUGUUCAGACUACUCCUGAAUAUUUAACUGAUUCACAUGAAAAGUAUAUGGCUUCAGUAGAAUUUUCUCCAACAGCUAGGUAAUAAACGAUGAAGAAGAUGAUAUAGUAAUUUAGGCUGCGUCAAGAUAAAAGGAAAAACUUGUGUGCGUGUGUAUAUAUGUAUGUUUUCUUUCUGAGGUUUUCUGUUUCCUGUACUUGUUAUCUGAAUACAUUUUGUACUCUUAAUCGUACAAUUUUUCAGGUAAAAUUGUGCUGUUUUUUUCUACAUAUGGGAGGGAGAUUUGAAUCUGGAAUCUACUUUUGUAAAGAGAAGUGUCAAAGUACUAGUAAGAUAUUAGUAUAACUAGAUCUAGAUAUUAUUAGGGUGUUAGGAUUGAAGUUUUCUGGGAAUAGAAAUUUGAAAACAAGCCUAUCUUAGUAUGAUUUCAAUUGUAGGCUUAUGAUUAAGUCUUUUUUUUUUUUGAAAGAACCACAAGUUUAUUAACACAAAGAAGGAUAGAUGAUAACUAUAUUGGGAAUUCCCUCCCCUUAAAAAAUUGAUAGAAAA